UUAGACAUUAGCUGUAGACAACGGAAUUCACUAAAUAGACGCCGGGUAGCGUAAAUUACAGCUUUCUUUUGAGUUCAAGUAAAUAAGCAAUUAAUAAAUUAACGAAAUGGCGUACAAAGGCCCACCAAAAGUUCAAAAAGUGAUGGUGCAGCCCAUCAACCUUAUCUUCAGAUAUCUACAAAACAGGAGUCGUGUACAAAUUUGGCUGUACGAAAACGUAAACCUGAGAGUGGAAGGUCACAUUGUUGGUUUUGAUGAAUACAUGAACAUUGUUCUUGAUGAAGCCGAAGAAGUUCACAUGAAGACUAAGAAUCGAAAACAAAUCGGCCGUAUUAUGAUGAAGGGAGAUAAUAUAACUUUGAUACAGAACGUGAAUCCGACUCCGUCUGGGUGAACUUAGGUUAUAAGUGAUGGACAUUCCUAGGUCUAAUUAAAUUGAAGUAAUACAGUUAUGCUGAACUUACUCUCAGAACUUGUGUUAUUUUAUAAUUAAAUAUAAGUACCUAAACCAAA